UCCUUUCACUCGCCAUCAUCCCUGCUUUGACCCAUGAGUAAAUCUGUCAUAGGCAGCCCUUUGUGACAACAUUAGUGGCACAAGUGGAAGUCCAAUAUUAGAUAAAGUUUUGCUCACUGUAGGGUAAGAUUCACCCCCGGACAGAUGGCCAUCACAAAGGCCCAUGCUCCACUUAGGUCCCUGCUAAGUUCCAGUUUGAAAGUUUAGUGGGACUAAAAUUGUUCAUAGAGUAUUUUACUAUUCCCCUGCUAACAGGUGAAUAUCAAAUAUAAGGUCCUGACAGGAAACAUGCUGGAGAAUAUGGAAUGAUUCCGAUUGACUUAAAAAGGAAUUGAAUCUGACCCAGUGAGGAUGGAGAUGGUGGGAAUCCAGAAAAAUGGCUCCCUCCUUCCUAGCAGGUUUACAAUGAAUGAUGCAAUGCCUCUGGCCACGACCAGUUUGAAUUGAAAGGGCCAAACUGGAUUCCUUCCAUCAGAGCCAGUUCUGCUAUUGAUGCCGCUCAGGAUCACCUUCACAUUCAUUCUCACUGCAGCCACAAAAAAGUCAGUAAAUGACACGAGGAAUGCAGUUGUCCCAUAUAAUUUUAAGAUGAAAGACAGAUGAAGAGUGCAACGUGCACGUCACGCCCUCUGAGGCUGAGAUUGUCACAAUGAUCAAAGCCCCUGUGGAAAACAGCUCCAUGCAAAGGAGGACAUAGCAAGGCACUCAAGUUGGUUUGGCAACUAAUUAGGACCUCCACCACAAACAGCAUCGCAGAUCCUCCAGGCAGUCCUAGGGACUGUAUAAAAGCGUUCACGAUUCAAGGCUCUUCUAAUCACUUCUCCGGACUUCAUCUCCUCGGUGAACUCGGUUUACCUCCAUCCCAGAAAGAUGACUUGCUCCAGCCUGUGCUAUCCAGAAUGUGGGGUGGCCCGGCCAUGUCCGGUCACUGGUACCUGCAACGAGCCGUGCGUUAGGCAGUGCCAAGACUCCGAAGUGGUGAUCAGACCCUCACCAGUUGUCGUGACCAUUCCAGGACCCAUUCUCAGCAAUUUCCCUCAGCACAGUGCAGUGGGAGCUGUAGGAGCACCUGUGGUCGGACCCGGUUAUGGAGGCUCAUUCGGUUGGGGGGGCUAUGGAGGCCAUUAUGGAGGAUUGUAUGGUUUAGGGGGAUACGGCGGUUAUGGCGGCCAUUACGGUUAUGGGGGAUUAUGUGGUUAUGGGGGACACUGCGGUUACCUAGGCGGUUAUGGUUAUGGGGGAUUAUGUGGUUCUGGGGUAUCUUGCCAUAGGUACCUCAGUGGAAACUGUGGGCCAUGCUAAACCCAGCAGGAACAUCCACGGAAGAAGGAAGAACCAGGAAAUGAACAGCCAGAUUCAGAUUCACCCCUUACCUUUUGGGCAUGGUUUUCAGAAGUGCUUGGCAAACAGGGCUCCAGCUGAACUCAGUGGAAGCUGUGUGUGCUCAGCACCUUGGGCUGACAGCCAUGCUGCCUUUCUAAUGUUACGCUUUAUGACGCUUUCUGCCAAGGCUUUCCCACCCGUGUGCUGAUUCUCUUGUUGACCUGUGGACUCAUUCUGAAUUACACGCAGGCUGUUUACACUAACCCCGCUGUGUAAAGGAAACAGGGUCCUUAAGACAGAUACUGGUUACAUUUAUUAUUAGUUUCAGUCCCAUUAGAGGGGAAAAAGAGACCUUGGUGUCAAGGAGAAUUAAGCCCCACAUGUUCUAUCCUUUCCAUCAAGACGUAUCUUUAGCAGCUCACUUUGACCUUUUCUGAGGCCAACAUAUAGGGAGAAGUUGCCUAAUUCUCUGCUUUUAUUUUGUUUUGUCUCAUUUCCCAACCACUGGGGUAAAACAAGGACCUUAAAAUGGUUGUAAAGGGGACUUGUUUGUCAACCUCUGCAGCUGCACCAAUGCAAGCAGAACAUCUUGUCUGAAAUACACCCAUUGAGGCCUGCGAUCGGUCAUGGCCCUUCUUGAAACACUGGAAAUACAUUCUUUCUGCUCUGUAGUAUUACUUCCUGUAACUGUGC